AUUUCUAUUUCAUUCAACGGUUUCGUAUACACGUCCGUCAAGCCCAUUUCCUGACCCUUUUUUUUCUCUUUCAUCUCAUUGCGAGGGGGGCAGUGGCUCACCGUCGUAUUCCAAAUUCUGGGUGUCGCUGGUUCUUCGACGCGAUGAAUCGAGCAGUAGGGACGGGCCGAGGUCUUCCAUUCGAGAUAUUUGACAAAAUCAUCGACCUAGUCGCGAAAGACACUAAAACGCUGAUAAAAUGCUCUCUCGUCUCUCGCGCCUUUUAUGAUCACACACGCUUCUACCUCCUGUACACCUUCCGCGUCUGUCCAGUUCUGCAAAGCGCCGCGCUCGCGCAGCUCGUCGACUUCUGGGACACUUCCCCACACCUCCCAACGUACAUCCACACCUUUCACUUUUCCACCGUCUUCCUCACAGAACAUGAUGCACCUCGCGUUCUGUAUCACCUGCGAAGCGUCAAAGACGCCUUCAUGAAUGACCUCGUCUUUGAUCAUUUCGAGCAUCGCGAAGCCGUCGAGGCCUUAGCCGCUCUCCCCAUACAGACCUUGACUAUCAACAAAUCCGCCUUUCCGAGCUUCCACGAUUUCUCCUUUGUCAUCCGCUGUUUUCCCCUCUUGAGAUCCCUCCAUCUCUUCGGUGCCUCCAUCUCCGCCACUACCACAGUAACGCCCUGGAUCAAUUCCCUGCCACAAUGCAGCCCUCCCCGUAUCGAACACCUCACGAUCACAGCCCGGUCUAUUGACACCCGAAAGUCAAACACGCGCCUAUUCUCAGAGUUCCCUGCCCCCCCGUUCGAUGAUAACCAGCCUUUCCGUAUCGAUAACUUGAAAAGGCUCGAGGUCCGGUGCGCGAACCAGACGGAUAUCAUCCGGAUCGGGAGGUUUCUUCCCCGUGUCAAGAGGACGCUCAAGAGCUUGAGCAUCAUACGAGUGGAUAAUGGUGUUUCAAGCCGAGGGCAGCCAAUGCCGUGGGUCCUCGGUCUCCCCCCACUCGACCUCGAAUCGAUCGAAGACCUGACCAUCGACGUUGGGUUCAAAGUCAGGUCCUACGCCGAUUACUUGCUCUGGUGGAUCUCCAACCUAUCGACGGCGAAGGCUAUUCGGUCCAUCACCAUUCGAAUCGCCAUGGCUCUCGAGUAUAUUCACAAGGAGGAAGAUAAACAGUGGCAAAACGUCUGGCACGCGUUUGGUUUAGCUAUGCUGGGGAAGGAGUCUUUGCAGAAGGUUCUUGUGGAGUUUCAGAUCCCGUCUUCUCCGAGGAACUUUUUCACGAGGAAGAGGGGUGUCGAGCGUGAGUGUAGGGACUUGGUCGAGCGAGGUGUCAUGCGCGUGGUCGUGCCGAACAAAGCGCGUUUGGUGGCGUUUUAGGUGGUGGAUAAUUGGUGAAAUAUUGUGUUUAGUAUAGACUUUUACCAGUAUGUGUCUCUGUAUCUAGUCAAUAAUCAGCAUGGAUCAAAUAAUGGAUAUACGCAUCGUGGGCAGAAGAGCA